CAUCGUAAUCAACAAACUUCUUCAACACAGAAAAAAAAACACAUACACACAACCAAUCUCCACCACCACCACCGGCAAGACCUCCCGCCGUCCCUCUCUUCCGGCUCACCCUUCUAUAGAUCAGAUUUUUCACAUUAACCCAUAAACAGAGAUCACCCACAAACAAAAACUCAGUAGCAAAUCAAAAUUCCUCAAUUUUUCGUCUGCUGUUUCUUCUUCUUCUUGUAUAUAUGUUUGUUUAAUCAAUUUGUUUCUACAAAGACAGAGAAAUAGAAAAAUUCUGAAAGUGGGUUUUUUUGUGUGUUAAAUGGGAAAUGUAACAUCAAACGUGGCAGCAAAAUUCGCCUUCUUCCCGCCAGACCCACCAACAUACGAUGUGUACAGGGAGGAGGACGGGAAGCUUGUGUUCCCUGGUGUCACCUCCGAUAAGAACAUGGAGGUGCAUUUGUUGGAGACCAAGGUAGGUAACAAGGUUGUCGCGACCUUCUGGAAACACCCAUUUGCGAGGUUCACGGUCUUGUACUCCCAUGGCAAUGCUGCUGACCUUGGUCAGAUGACCGAGCUCUUCAUCGAACUCAGGGCGCACCUUCGUGUAAAUAUCAUGAGCUACGAUUAUUCUGGAUAUGGAGCAUCUACCGGCAAGCCAUCCGAGUUCAACACCUAUCAUGACGUAGAGGCUGUGUACAAUUGUUUGAAGAGAGAUUAUGGAAUUAAGCAGGAGGAGUUGAUUUUGUAUGGCCAAUCUGUUGGAAGUGGACCAACACUGCACCUAGGCUCGCGUUUGCAGAAGUUGAGAGGUGUUGUUCUUCAUAGUGCCAUUCUUUCGGGCAUACGGGUCUUAUAUCCUGUAAAGAUGACAUUCUGGUUUGACAUUUUUAAAAACAUAGAUAAAAUCCGGCAUGUCAGCUGUCCAGUUCUGGUUAUACAUGGAACGAACGAUGACAUUGUAGAUUGGUCGCACGGAAAACGCUUGUGGGAACUAUCAAAGGAGAAGUAUGAUCCGUUAUGGGUGAAAGGUGGUGGACAUUGCAACCUGGAAACUUAUCCGGAGUACAUCAAGCACUUGAGAAAAUACAUAAAUGCAAUGGAGAAACUUUCCCUCACCAAUGCACCAACAAAACAACUCACUCCGAACCCGACUAUGGAAGCUAAACACAACAAGUGCUUGAGAUUUGGGAAAAGAUAGUUUGUCGACAAAAAACGAGUUAGCGAGUGUAAAGUUGCAGGUAGUUUAAUGUAAUGGCAAGUUGAGCAACCCCCAUCUCCCAAGAAACAGGUACAAAUGCUUGGUUUUUGAUUCAGAUCAUGUUUGGAUAAUCCCCAUUUUUGAAGUAGGAGUCAGCUGCAUCAAGUUCAUGAGGAAUGUGUUUUCCUGGUGUGGAAUUCUUAUGUAAUAUAUCAAAAAAGGUUGUAUAAUCAUUUCCAUAAAGAAAAAAAUAUGUACCUGGCUUUCUCUUGACUGAUUUUUCUUUUUAUUUUCAGUGUCUGUAUGUUUACAUGUGACCUGUAAUGUACAGAACCAGUCCAGUUUUUUU